AUGAGGAGUCGCAACGGAGACCACUGCCACGAUGUCAAGUUAACGCUGGUCAACAAGGGUCACCAGUGGUCACCAACGGUCAACGAGGGUCAACCAUCUGUCUUCUCACCUCAGAUCAUCUUCUACGAAGGGCGCAACUUCCAGGGGCGCUCCUACGAGUGCAUGGGCGACUGCGCCGACACCUUCCGCCACUUCAGCUAUUGCAACUCCAUUCGGGUCAUGGGAGGUCAUUGGGUGGUCUAUGAGAAGCCCAACUAUGGGGGUUACCAGUACGUCCUGAACCAGGGCGAGUACUGCGACUACCACACCUGGGCUGGCUUCAACAACUGCAUCCGCUCAUGUAGGAUGUUCCCCCCGUACCAAGGCUCCUACAGAAUCAGGCUGUACGGCAGGCCUAACAUGAUGGGCCACCACAUGGACUUCAUGGACGACUGCCCCAACGUGUACGACCGCUUCCACUACUACGACGUCUGCUCCUGCCACGUGAUGGAGGGAUACUGGGUCUUCUACGAGCAUCCCAACUACAUGGGACGCCAGUACUUCCUGCGGCCCGGAGAGUACAGGAACUGCAGGGACUGGGGCGGCUACAGCACCAUGGUGGGAUCCUUCAGAAGGGUGUGGACCAGCUGA